AUGCUUUAUUAAGAUUAGAGAAGAAUGGUUAAUCAAAGUUAAUUAGACAAUUCAAAAUUCAUUCGACCUAGAUCCAUUUCAAAUAAUGCAGUAUUAUUUAAUAUGGAUACAUAACAAACGAAAUAUAAGACUGAUAUUGCUACAAAUUAUUAAGUUUCAAUAAAUGAAGCUAGGUAAAAUAGUUAAAAUCAAAUAAACCAUUCUUUUACUUAAGGAGGAGAAAACAAUCCCAAAAUUCUUAAUUCUCAUAAUCAUUAUGAUUUUAAAGGAUUAAUGAAAAGUUUUCAUAACAUUUAGAAUACAAAAGAAAAAGUAAAGGAAAGAUAAAAUAAUUCAAUUCAAGACAAAAACUAAUUAAUUUAAACUAAAGAUACCUUUUCUUAAGAAAAAUAAUCAAAAACAUUACAUAAUUCCUAAACGAGAUAAAUUAAAUAAAAUGAUUAAGAAAAAGAAGAAAUUUGGAGAUUAAAUAAAACUGAAGGAAUCUAAUGUAAUAAUAAAAAUACCAAAGAAAAUAAAUAAUUAAAUGACUCUGAUAUUAGAUAGAGAAUAAAAAAUUACCCUUAAAAAUCAUCAAGUCCUUAACUUAAAACAAAUACUAGACCUAAAUCGUCAAUGGAGGAUAAAAGUGUUACUAUUAUAUCAUUAUAAUUAAAGGAUAUGAAAGAAAAUGUAUAAUCUAAGGAUAUUAAAAAGAUUUGUUAGGAUAUGGGUUAUCAUAUGGUUAAAUUUGAUAGAAAUUAUGAUAAAAUUAAUAAUACAACUAAUGGAUAAGGAUGUUUAUAAAUAAGAGGAAUAAGCAAUGAAAAUAAAUUUAUUAAUUUAUAAACAAAUUUAAGCAAAAAAGGAAUAAACUUAGCAGAUUAAAAUUAAAAUCUUAAAGAUUUUAUUUCAAAUAAAUAUUUAUUAAAAAAAUAGGAACAUAAUAAUAUUGAGACUUAACCUAAUUUAAAUUAAGACGAAAAAUUGUUUAAUAACUUUUUAAAAUUUUAGAGAAGAUAGAAAGGAUAAUUUAUUUGA